ACCUGCUCUCAGUCAUCUCUCUGCUGACCCCACCUACAUGGCUGUAGGCUUCUGCUCCCUUUUCAAAUGGAUGGAAAGUAGAAGGACCACAGAGGAGGUGUCACUGGAAGACGAGUCUUCAGACCUUGGCUCUAAACCUAGUCAGUAACUAGCUGUGCGCUUCUGGGCAAAUGAUCUAGUCUCUGUAUCUCAAUAUCCUUAUAAAGGAAAUGUAGAAGGGAACAGGCCGCCCCGCGUGAGAUAAUGGAUGUGAACACAGUUUGAGGAGUGCAUGCAAGCUGGUUUCAUCACCUCUAAUUUCACUUUGUCAAACUAGAAACAUCUCAAACAUUAGAAGGAAGUUGCUGCCUGAAAAUAGGGAGGUAGACAGUGAAUCACUCCAUAAAUGCGACCUAAAGAUAAUAACUUUGAUCUUCCACCAACACCCUAAAUCAUCGUCCUCAUCAGAGGUGGAAUGAAGCUGAGUCCUUCCCAGUCCGGUCUCCGCCAUGAAAGCCCAUCUUGUCAAGACACAUCUUCUACACGAUUCGCUCUUAAUGCAGAGCUGGGAUCCAGCUUUGCCCACAGACUGCCCAUCGCAUCACCUCCACCAGGCGUGCAGUGGGGUUCCAAGCAGGGGCAGGGGUACGCGAAAGGCCAGGGAGAGUUGAACCCCUCGAGCACAUAUUCAAAAACGGCAUCUUCUAACGAUCUUCAAGGCACUCUAAUUCGUGGACAUGACUGUCAAAAUUGGACUGGUGAGAAGGUGCCAGCACAAGAAGGGCGGCUACAGGACCGCAAACCCCACAAGGAAGGUGGUCCAAAGGUGGCUUCAGUUAGCUGAGUUGGCUGCCCCUCAGUCUGACCACCAGCUGGGUUUGCUGCUGUCGGAAGCCCGCCAGCCCCGGCUCUACACGGGACACAGGAGGCAGCACUUCUCUCCAACAAGAGUCUCUCUGUCCCUCAGGCCCAAGGAGUCCGUUCAGGUCACCCACAGCCCAGCACCUCCUUCGGAGCCACCUUCCCACUCACUCACGCGGUGCCAAGAUGUGAAAAUGGAAGCAGACCCGAAGGAACCCUGGUGGACGAGCUGGGGACACGACCGGAGCCCGAGGCUCCGACUGCUUGCAACUCCAGGCUCCGACCUGGUCGGGCCCAGCCUCCUGCCCGGCGCUGCCCCUCAGCUGCAGAAUCUGCAACAUCAAGGAGCCAGUUCUUCCCUUGAGGCACAGGGAGGGGUCUGCAGACGUGUCCCAAGAAGCCAGCUCCCUCUAGGGUGGCCUGUUUCCCUUCUCAACUCUGGGCCUUCCGGGCGCCCCGGGUGGCCUGUCGCUGCUGCGGCCCCAGGGCCCCCAGCCCACAGCCAGCCACAGGCGUCUGCGGGUCACCACGCCUGAGGUCCAAGGACCCCAGGGGCAGGGGGUUGUUGUGAGGGCUCUGAGACUAUCACCGUGAGUUCCAGAAUGUCCUUCUGUCCCGUUCUGUGGGCUUUCAACUUUCCUAAGUACGCAGGAGAGCAGACCAAGGGGACGUCGAUCCCACGGGCACCUGGUGGAGUAAACUGUCAGUGCACAUGGGGCCUUCUCGCCACUCUUCCUUUCAAAGGUGGACUGUUUAAGAGCAAGCUGCUCUCACGCUAACCUGACCACAGUUUCCUGGGAGCUGGGGGGAGCCAGGGUAGGAGGGUAGGGAUGGGGGAGCGGAGCCUGGAAGGGGGAGGGAACUCAAGCACCACACGCACACCCCCCCCAUCCUUCCUGACACGGAGCCAGAGUGGUUCCUCACAAGAAAGCGUGAAGUGUCAAUAAGCAGACACUAGCACAGCCCGAA